AUGUAUCGAAAUCGAUUUCUGGGAACUACAGAUUGGAAUACUGUUACAUCGUUGUUAAGUAAUUAUUCGAUACCAAUAAAACUAGCCGAUGGCAUUGUAUUGAAUCGAGUGAAAGAGCAAGAUGAUUUAAUUUUACUUGAAUUGGGUACUUUAUUGAGCAACCACGAAUGCGAUGAAAUUCUGACUAAUAUUAGUAAAGAAAAAUUCGAAAAUAUGUUAUUUAAGUAUGAUGUUCAAAAACGCAAUAAUUCUCGAUUAGUCGUCAUGGAUGAUCAAUUCGCUCAAACACUUUGGCAACGUCUAAAAUUUAGCAACAAAAUAACUAAAUUAGUUUCUAAUAGAAAACCAUUAGGAUUUAAUGUGCAAGGCGAUUGGGAGAUUAGUGGUGUGAAUAAAGCCAUGCGAUUGAAUAAAUACCGUCAUGAUGAACAUUUUGCACCUCAUAAAGAUGCACAAUAUGCUCCAAGCGGAGAUGAACGAUCAUUAUUAAGUUUAAUAAUCUAUUUGAAUGACAAUUAUGAAAAAGGUGAGAUGAAGUUUUAUUUUCCCAAAGCAGCACCAAAAUUCAAUAUGAAAGGAUUAACAAUUGAGGGAGAAAUCCAAGCUUAUGGUGGAUUGGAAAAUGGAUAUGAAUGUGUGUCGAUUAAACCAAAGAAAGGUUAUGCUGUUCUUUUUACACAUAAUCUCUUACACGCGGCCAUGGCACCACAGAUGGAAAAUUCUCUCAAUUUAACGGAACGUAUCGUCUUGAGAACUGAUGUACUCGUACAGAGAAACGAAAAACCACUCGGAUUUGCCAUUUGCCCAGAAGAACAAGAAGAUUAUGUUGCUUGUCUGAAUUUGUUUCGUGAAGCUCAACAAAAUGAAUUGAAAACAUAUGAAAACUGUAGUGAAUUCGUUAAAACAAGUGAAAUCAGUGAAUUAUACGAACGUUCACUAUCGAUUCGAUAUAGUUAUCCACGACUACUCGAACAAAAAUCGAGAGCGCAAAUCAUCCAUCAAGAUGACAAAAAACCACUGAUUGACAAACUCCCUUCUGAGAUGUGGCUUCAUAUUUUCAAAUAUUUGCAUGAACAAGAUGUGCAACAUUUAAUAUUUGCAUUUCCACAGUUUCAGUUAUUGAAAAUUGCUUGGGAUGCUCAAAUGAGAAAAAAUUUCGAAAAAGAUGACCACCUUCAAAAAUUUAUUCCAACUAUUCAUACUAAAUAUGGUAGCCGAACUCUAUUUCGAUUUUCUGAUAAUGACUUUUUCUAUCAACAUAUCGAAGGAUGUUGUCGAGUGGUCGCCGUCUAUGCUUUCUUCCUAUUAGGACAUCGGGACGAUUCAACGACGUACACUGUUCGAUAUGACAGAAAUACACAGGAAGUAUGUGAAGUCAAGAUGGAGAGAAUAUUGGCAGAUGCAUUUUACAAUCGUAAUUGUUAUGGUUCUCUCUAUCGAGUAGCACAAAAGGAUGAAUCAAAACGGCAGCCAAAGAUUGACUUAGAUUAUAGUGUUGAUCGUACCUAUAUGAUAAAUCGUCAUCAAUCUCAAUUUAUUGGACAAGAUCUUUUAUCACAAUUUCAUUUCAAAAUGCACAUUUCUGAUUCGUCGAAUUCUGAAAGAAGUGACUCUUAUGGUAGUGAUAAGUUAGAUAAAUCUUGCAUAUUGCACUAUCAGAGAAUUCAUGCUUUGUACGAUCGAGAGAAAAAGCUGGUAGAUGAAAAUUCAAUUAUUGAAGAAGAUAGUUAUGCUUGGAUGAAUAGGACAGAUUGUUCAAGAGAUGAUAUUAUGGGUUAUUGUCAAAAUUUAUUAAGACAGACAGAGCAAAAAUCGGGCACAAGUCUCUUACGAAUUUUAUUAGCGGAAGAUCAUGUCAUCAAUAGAAUAUGUCGCUGCUCAGUAGGUAUUCAUUCAGAUAUGAACGAAGUUGAAAAUUUGAUUGUCUACUAUAAUCAUCUUAUAUUCGAUUUUGAUACACAUCGAUUGGCUGUUGAACAGCUGUCAGAUGGGAAAUCAAAUUCUACUGAUCGUGAUUCGCUUUUAUACAGUUGCCUUAGAACCCUUCAACGUUCAGUACCACGAGGAAAUCCUAUUACAUACUAUCGUGUUAAUAUUGAAAAAUUGGCAGAGGUAACAAAAGGAUUCAAUCAUGCAUCCUGUCAAUGUUCGUAUCCAGAAGUUAAAAUCGAUCAAUUUUCAUUUCUCGAUUAUACAUAUUUGUCACAUGUACACUUAGCUGUUGGUCAAAACAAAAAUUAUGUGUUUGUUUUAGCCACUUAUGGUGGCGUUGCUGCAUUGUAG